AAGAUGGAGGCAGUACCUCGACUGCCGAUGAUAGCUUUCGAGCUGAAAACCAGCCCAGAAUAUGUAGAUUUUGGACCAGUGCUAAAACAGUACAUAAGAGACAACUAUGGUGAGGAUCCUGCAGACUACAACAAGGCUUGUAGUGAACUUGAACAGCUCAGACAGAGUGCUGUCCAUGUGUCACAUGAUUUUAUGGGAUGUAGUACCUUGAAAAAGUACUAUGCCCAGUUACAGUUUCUUCAAGGGAGAUUUCCCAUGACUGAUGGUGGACAAGCUGCCAUGCCAUUUACAUGGGAGGACAUUUUCAUGGUUAGGGAGGUCACUUUAGCAGACAUCAAGUUUGAACAGGCUUCGGUCCUAUACAACAUUGGUGCUCUACACUCUAUACUUGGAUCCAUGGAAACUAGAACAAAUGCAGAUAGUAUGAAGGUGGCAUGCACACACUUUCAGUGUGCCUCAGGAGCAUUUGAAUAUCUUAGAGACCAUUUUGGAUCAGCCAUGAUGAGUCUUGACUUUUCACACGACCUCUUGACCUUUCACAUCAAUUUGAUGCUGGCACAAGCACAGGAGUGUAUCCUAGAGAAGUCAAUGAUUGACAGCAGAAAGAGCUCAAUUACUGCUAAAGUAGCAGCCCAAAUUGUUGAGUUUAACAACCUUGCUAUGAAAUCCUUAGAGCCUGCCUACAAGGAGGGAAUAGUGCCAUCUCGUAAAUACAAGGAAUGGAAGAAGAGAAUGGAAUUAAAGAGUCAGUUUUAUGAAUGCAUUACUAACUUCUACAUGGGGAAGCAGUCAGAGGACCAACAGAAAUGGGGAGAGUGUCUAGCAUACUACACCACAGCAUUCAACAAGCUCAAUGAGUGUAUUAAACAGGGAAAGAGUGAAGGUGGAGAUAUCCAGGAAUCUUUCAGAUUUGCAAUGGAUGUCAUAGGAGGAAAAUACCAAUCUGCCAAGAAGGAUAAUGAUUUUGUGUACCAUGACAAGGUUCCAGAUCUGGCCAGUUUACCUGAAGUUAAAGGUGCUUCUCUAGUGAAGGGUAUAACCUUUAACCCAAGUGACCCUGAAGUGUCAGGCCCAGAUUUAUUCCAGAAACUGGUCCCCAUGGAGGCUCACGAGGCUUCAUCACUCUACAGUGAAGAGAAAGCCAAACUGAUAAGAAGAGUUUGUGGAACUAUAGAGGAGAAAAAUGCAGAGCUAGUGCAGUUCAUGUCCUCUCUGAACAUUGACCAAUCAACUUUGAGCUAUGAACCAGAGAACUUGCCACAAUCUCUGCUGGAGAAGUGUGCUGCUGUAUCUGUCAAACCAAAUGCCAUUAAAGAUCUGGUUAAUGCAAUGACGGGUGUUUCAAAUGUGGCAACAGAAGUUGAAAUGUCUUUGAAUGAAAUCAGUAAAAUGUUGGAGGAGGAUGGCAAAGAAGAAGAGGAGUUUCAGAAACAGUUUGGCAAACGAGCAGAACAUCCAAUGUUUGAAAAUAUCAGAAAGGAACUAAAUUUGUUUUCUGAGGGCCAUAAAAAGGGGAGUAAAUCCAACAAUGACCUCCAUAAAGCAAUGAAUGCACACAUUACCAAUCUCAGACUACUAGGUGGUCCCAUUGAAGAUAUUAAGAAUGCAUUACCCUCCAAAGACAAGGAAAAGACCCCAGAAGAUGAGACUAUUGUGAAAGAACUUCAAAGAUUAAUAUCAAAGGUUGAUGAAAUGAAAUCUCAAAGAAGCUUGUUAGAAGAACAGUUCCGUACUGAAGUCCAAAAAGAUGAUAUAACACAUAGGAUUGUCACACAAGAAGGGUCAAACAAACAGGUAAUGUUUGAGCAAGAGAUUCUGAAGCAUAAAAAGCUGGAAGAGAUCAUACAACAAAAUCUGACAGCUCAGGACAACAUUCUUAGAGCUCUUACUGAUGCUAAUGUUAGGUACGCAGAAGUUAGGAGGAAAGUUGGGGACGUUGCAGCAAGGAGGGAGGUGAUGAUCAAAGACCUGAUCAAUUCUUUUGAUGUUUAUGAGGAUUUACUUGCAAAAUCACAGAAAGGACAGGAGUUUUACAGGAAGCUGGAGAGUAAUGUGUCCAAACUCCUGACUCGCUGUCGAGGUUUGUGUAAAAUUCAGGCUGAGGAGAGAGAGCAGAUUAUCAACAGACAUAAACCCAAGGAACCUCCUCCCAGACCAAUGGCUCCAAAGCCAGACAAUACAGCUCCAGAUCCCAUGAUCUGUAUGGGUGCUUCUGAUAAUGCCCUCCCCACAGCUACAAUUCCUCCACAACCUGUAGCAGCACUGAACACUAUUCCUGGUUUUGAAGGACCCAAACUGAAGGAUUAUUUACCAUUUAUGAAACCCAAGACAUUUGGCAAAGAUAGGGAGAAGAAAAGUAAUGCUAGAUCUGCACCUGAAAAUCUUGGAUCACAAGCAGGAAGAGCUCCAGAUUUACCUCAGAACUUACCAAAUCAAGGAGACUUAAGUAGUUACCUGCCAAGAGCUGAUCAACAGAAUCCAUCUAUCCCACAAGUCCCUGCUGUUGCCGGAAGCCAGCAACCAGUCAUAGAUCAGUCUGCUUCAUUCAGCCAACAGAUGUCACAGUUCUCAGCACGACCUCCCUUUAAUCCAUCUCAUGUUGAUGUAGGUCAGUCAUACUCCUCUCCUGGCCAGAGUCCUUCUCCAAGUCCAGCACUCCCCUCUCCAGCCCACAGUCCAGUUCCAAGACAACAGUAUAGAUCACAAUCACUAAGUCCAGCACCUCAGGGUAGAAGUCAGAAUCCAACACAGGACCAAGAGUACCACAGUCUCCCAGCAGGUUAUGGUCAAGGAUAUCUGACUCAAAGUCAGACAUCCCAGAACCAAAGCUUGUCGCAGGGACAGGUUCUUGGGUAUCAAAGUGUUUCUCAGAGUCAGAUUCCUGGACAUUAUGCCCAGACAUUAUCAGGACAAGUACAACAACCAGGGCCACAGAAUACAAUGGAUCCAAACAGGCAAGGAACCACUCAGCUACCUGUUAAUUAUAACCAAAGUGACUUUAGACAGCAACAGCAAUCAGUGGAUCCAAGGAUUUCUGGUGGCAUGGUUUCUGCAAGUCAACAAAUUCCUCAGUCCUCACAACCAGUGCCAACUGGCCAGCAGUAUAGAUCACCUGCAUCCAGUUCCUCUACUCAGAAAACAAAUAUCAGUUACCAAAUGCCCUCUAAUCAGCUCCAACACAGUCAAGUUAAUACAGGAGUUAGUCAGAUAAAACAACAAGUGGUCAGUUACAGUCAAGGUCCUGCAGGUCAGCAAGAAACAGGGGGAUAUAUCCAGCAGGCAGGACAAUAUUACCAGAAUCAGAUGAAGCUACCACAUCAGAAUGUUUCUAGUCAACAACCACAACAGUUUACACAGCCACAUCAAUCUAUGGGACUUGUAAAUCAAAGCCAACAACAGCAGCAGGUUCAGCCAGUUUCAUCUAUUCCAAGUGGUCAGCAACAGCAAAACAUGUACUCAAAUCAGCAAUUUGGUAGCAGUGGAUACAUGACAAAUCCGAAUACCCGCAGGUACAUGACCAAUCAGGUUGAUCAAAACAACGAAGGAAGAUCAUCUCCUGCCAACUUACAUUUAGGACUGCCUUAUGCUAGCACUCACCAGUCAAGACCAGCUCAGUCUUUCAGUCAUGGUGAUGAUAAAUCCCAUACAGUCAAUAGUAAAGAACAUAACUUGUCUUAUGGUCAUCCAGCCCAUAGUCAUCAUGCCUAUGCUCCUCUCAAGCCAGUAGGACCAGCACUUCAAAAUACUAAAUGGGAUGCAGAAUCCCAGAUGACUCAGCAAAAACUGGAUAAUGUUGAAAAAGAUCCCAGAUAUCAGAAAGGAAGUGAGUUUGAAUUUUUGCAUUUAGGAAUGCCUUAUGCCAGUACACAUCAAUCUAUGCCAUCAACAGCCACAAGUCAUAUCAGUACAAUGAAUCCCUCUCAUUUAAACUCUGUUCCACUUCUAACGUAUGGACACCUUGGUUAUGGCCCUUUGCCAUCCACCAGCUACUCUGCCACUAAUCUGAGUCAAUCAGCAGCAACACAAGCUAUAAGGCAACAGCAACCCCAGGUGCAAUAUCAACCACAGCAACAAGCACUGAACUUCCAGACAGGAAUGCCGUAUACUAGUACAUCUCAGUCAAUGUCUGCCAUGUCAAUGAGUAAAAUGAUCCCAACACAAACCCCUGUUUUGUUAAGCAGUACUGCACAGUCACACAUGUACAUGGCUGGAAGCCAAGCCACAACCCAAACUGCCACAUUAAGUAGUGUUGGCAAUAGCGUAAAUUAUCCGAAUGUGCAACAGGGGCUGCAGCAGGCUCCACAACAAAUUUAUUCCCAACCACAGCAACAAGGGCAACAACAGUACAGUGUACAAUCUCAAUCACAACAUAUGCCGCAGCAAAGAUCUGACAAUGGCCAGCAGGGGCAGAGUGGAAGUUUUCAACAAAGUCGUCAGCCAAAUUUUAGUCAACAAAUGAAUUAUCAAACAUCAGGAUAUUUACAACAACAACAAAAUUUGAGUAGCUACCCUGGAGCUGUAGAACAACCUCAACAAAUGAGUCAAGGACAUUCACAACAGUUGACUCAGCAACCACAACAGUUGACUCAGCAACCACAACAAAUGACCCAGCAACAACAACCACAACAAAUGACCCAGCAACAGCAAUCAAGGAUGCCAUAUCAGGGGAUGAUGCCAACACAAGUCCCAUCUUCUCAACAAAUGCCAUCAGCAGUAAUGCCACCACAGCAUAUACCACAGCCUGGUCAUGUACAACAACAACAACAACAACAGUGGAUGUCAUCUGGGACAAGUUCCCAGUACCAGUCCUCUGUCAGUGGUUCAUACCAGUCUGUACAAGGAGCCUCAUACCAAGUAUCUACUGGGAGUCCAUACCAAAGUUCUAGUGGAAAUGCAUACCAACAGACAGCAAGUGGAGGUGCUUACCAACAGCAAAGCAGUGGAUUGUAUCAGUCUUAUCAACCAAGACAAUCAGCUCCUUAUGGUCCAGCACAGGGUCCAGAUAUGACCAAGCCAACUGCAACUCAACAAGAUUUACAAGGCUUGUUUGAUUCCAAUAUCCCAGAAUCCAUGCAGCCAUUACAGCCUCUAGUGGUUAAUAAACCACAGUCAGUUCCCAGUGAGGAUCCCCCAAAAUCUGUUGCUCCCUCAAUGUCUUCAUUAUCUCCACCUAAACAGGUACCCUCUAAACAGAUUCCUGUUGUCCCUCAACAAAAAACCCACCAGCGUCAAGAUUCCAGUGCCUCCACAGCUUCCCUGGAUGAUAUCCUGUCCACCAGUCCAAGCAUCCCCCAAAAAUCCACCCAUGACCAUAUGCUUACCCCCAAAGUUCUCACUGCACAGGAAAUUGAACAACAAAAAGAAGAAGCAGUAAUUAAGAAUCAGUUGGCUCGUCAGACAUCAAAAGAUCCUUUUUCUGACCCCCUGGUGAAGGAUAGGUUUGUGGGAGAGGUGGAGAAACUUGCCAAGUAUGUGGAGAGCCUCACAAAAACCACAUGUUCAGGUCCCACCAAUCUAGAUGUAGUGUGGAAGGAGCUAAUAGAAGAACAAGACAGAGGUGGGAAAAAGUCCUCUAUGGCCAUUGCACGGUGUUACCCAGCUAAAAACAGAGAACAAGACAGCAUGCCUUAUGAUGAAAAUCGAAUUAUACUCACCACACUGAAGGAUGACUAUAUCAAUGCAAGUCUCAUUGUGGAUUUGUCACCAAACUGCCCAAAGUUUAUUACAACCCAGUCUCCACUUCCUGUGACACUCACAGACUUUUGGGUAAUGGUAUAUGAACAGGGGUCAGAGGUCAUAGUUAUGCUCUCCAGUGAAACGGAGAAAGGAAAGAAAUUCCCAGAAUAUUGGCCUCAGCAGAAAGGAAGGACAGAGUACCAUGGUCCAAUAACAUUGACCUUACAGAGUGUCAAGGACAAAGUCAACUGGGUCGAGAGGAUCAUUUAUUUAAAUCACAGUGAGAAAAAGCAAGGAAGAACAGUUGUGCAGUUGCAGUACAAAAAUUGGCCAAUCAGUGGUUUUCCUGAGAAUGUUUCUUAUAUCCUACAAUUCAUUACUGAAGUUCACAGCUUUUAUAAACAGCAACGCAGUCUGUUAAAGCCAGUGGUUGUUCACUGCAGCAAUGGGACUGGCAGAACAGGUGUGUUUAUGUUGAUAUACACUUGUAUGCAAGACAUUGAUCAUGGAAAAGGGGUGUCCGGUAUCAUGGAUGUGGCAAAGAAAAUGUUUAAACAACGGCGUCUUCCUAUAAAGGAAAAAUUUCAGCUUAAAUAUGCAUAUGAGGCAGUUUUAUUUUAUGCUCAAGAUAUAUUAGCCAAAGAGGGAAUCCUAAUAAAGAAGGCAUCUUUUGGAGACAAACUUCCGCACCCAGGAGAGAAAUCCAAUCAAUGGACGCCAACAGAGGACAUCUUGUUUGGUGCUAUGUCUGUCAGUGCUCUACGAACAAAUGUGGCUAAAAUGGGACUUCAUGCCAUGGAACCCAGUGAAGAAGAGAUAGGAAAAUCACAGGAACACCUCAGACAGGAUCUGUCAGAAAACUUACCUGAUGUUGUGCAACGAGCGGAUAAAAACAAAGGAAGGGAUCAGGGAACUGAAACUACAUCUGAUAAAAUGGAAGAAAGUGUAGAUGCUAAACCUAAAAUGGUUCAUUCAGAGUCUAGUUCUUCUAUUAAAAGCUUGGAUUCAGCAUCACACAGGAGUUUGGACUCUGUGUCAUUGCCAAGCUUUGACUCGGCACCAGAAUCCAAGGAAGGGUCACCAUUUCAUCAGUCAGCACGAGCAGGGAACCAGUUGUCACUUGCCGACCUACAAAAUCCACAUACCUUUGACCUAGGGACAAGUGAAGGCAAAAAGAAAAUUACUAAAGCUAAUUUUCAGCAGAAGACAUCAGGACUUUCAGGUCAUUCUAGUGACCCUUCAGACCCUUUAAAUUCACUUGACCCUCUUUGGUCUUUAAACAAAUGAUGAAUGAUAAAAUUAAAUGAAAACCAUUCCAUGGGAACUGAUUUUUUGUGUCAUGUCUGUUGCUGUUGUUGAAGUUAUUGUCUUUUGGUUCAAUAUAAGUAUACAUGAGUAACAUAUGAUGUUAAUACAUGAAUAUGAUUUGUAAAAAUUCACUAAUAUUGUAAGUGCUAGAACCAUUGAGUGUGUUGAUUUGAUUUAGAUAAACUGUGUUUGAUGAGAUGGUUGCAUUAUAUUUUGCCUCCAACACAUAUCUUUGUGGAUAAAAACAGUACAUGUCAUAGAAUUAAUAUUACACUACAGAGGAAAAAAUCAUGAAUAUAUUAAAUAAUGAAGUUUUUUUGUGCACAAAAUUUGUGUCUUGUUUCUUAGUACCGGUAAUUACAAUCACGAUGUGUUGUUGUAUGGUAAUAUUUUGAAUGUUAAGUUAUUAUACAAUGUUUCAAUAUUCUAUAACAAAUCCUAUUUUUAGGGCAUUUCAAUGAAACAUGAUUAUGAUUUACAAGAUUUUAAUGUAAGA